AUGUCAACUACAGAGACUAUAUCUAUUAAAGGAGAGGCCCAAGAUGUGCCGAGGUAUGUUAUCCUUGAGAAAAACUCGUUUAUAGCACCUACGAAUGUAUAUCAAGGACCUUCUCCUUAUGCAGAAAAAUUCACAGAAGGUCCUUCAUACCAGCCUACCAAUACUUUUGUUCAACCAUCGGGAAUCCUUGAAGAGGAGUAUGAAUUCGAAGAUGUCACUCCUCAAAUUGGAAGAGAGUUUCCUAAAGCCCAGUUGAGAGAGAUCCUUAAAGACGAUGACAAGCUAAAAGAACUUGCAAUAACUGUUUCACGUCGAGGAGUAGUUUUUUUUAGAGACCAGGAUAUCUCUCUUGAAGAACAAAAAUUUUUAACUGACAAGCUUGGAAAGUUAGCAGGAAAACCAAAAACAUCUGGAUUACAUAUCCAUCCUACGGCGCCAGCUGGUGGUUUUAUUAAAAAUGAUGGUUCUGGAAAGGUCGAUCCAGAAAUCUCAAUUAUUUCUUCUAAACAGAAUAAACGUUUCAAAGAAAGAAGAGGUGACAAAGAAAGAAGAGGUGACUUUUUUAAAAAAACAAGUGCCAAAGAAUGGCAUAGCGACAUCACUUUUGAGCCAGUGCCUGCUGACUAUUCAAUUCUCAAAAUUGUCGAACCUUUAGAGAGCGGCGGAGAUACCCUCUGGGGAAGUGGAUAUGCCCUUUAUGAGAAGCUUUCGCCAUCUUUUCGGGCUUAUCUCGAAUCACUAACAGGGACCUACUCUCAACCAGGUUUUAAAAAAUCAUCUGAAGGGGUUUAUGAUUUGUUUUCUGAUGAAAGAGGUGCCCCAGAAAAUAUUGGAGACGAGUUAACUGCUGUUCACCCUAUUGUGAGGACAAAUCCAGUAACAGGUUGGAAAUCAGUUUUUGCUAUUGGGAAUCAUUUUACAUCUUUCAAUGGAUUAACCGAAUAUGAAAGUACCCUUUUAAAAGAUUACCUUAAUGAAACUUUAUACGGCAACAACGAUCUUCAAGUUAGAUUUAAGUGGAAUAAGAAUGAUGUAGCAAUUUGGGACAAUAGAUCUGCCUAUCAUUCGGCUACUUUUGAUUAUCUCGGUGGAGAUAAAGAACGCACUGGGGUAAGAACGGUAGGAAUUGGAGAGCGUCCUUAUCUUGCAAAGAAUAGUACUAGUCGUGAAGAGGGACUCCGAAAAUCUGGUCUUAAGUAUUAG